GCAAGGGGUCCUAUUACUACUUCAACGGAAAUUCUCUGGAGUCUGUUUUAUGCCAUAAAGUACCCGGAUACGCAGGCCAGGUUGCAUCGCGAGUUGGACAAUGUGGUUGGUGCCGAACGAUUGCCAGAGUUAUCAGACAGGCCAAACUUGCCUUAUUUGGACCCGUUCUUAACUGAGAUGGUACGCAUUGUAAGCGAGACCCCUCUGACGAUACCUCACUCGACCACGCGGGACACGACCGUUGCGGGCUUUUUCAUCCUGCGGAAUGUUACUGUGUUUGUUAAUCUCUGGGCUAUUCAUCACGCCAUUGAAUACUGGGUAGAACCGUUCACUUUUCGGCCGGAGCGUUUCUUGAACGAAGUUAGACAACGUCGAGUAGAUGGAAUGUUGCCCUUUUCAGCUGGAAUACGCACGUGCCCUGGAGAAAAGUUUGGCAAAAAAAGCAGUUUUCUUAUUUGUAGCACUAUUGUUUCACAGGUUUACAUUUGA